GGGUAUGUUGCUGGGAAUGAGCUCCUGCUUUUUCCAUCUCUCUCUCCCCCACCCUGUUCCCAUCUCCUCCCCACCGCACCCCACAACCCCACCCACCCCGGCCUCCCCCAGAUUCUGGGUGUCACCAAUCCCGCAGGCCGGAAGAAAUACAUCGCCGCGGCAUUCCCGAGCGCCUGCGGGAAGACCAACAUGGCCAUGAUGAAGCCCACGCUGCCAGGCUGGAAGGUCGAGUGCGUGGGGGACGAUAUCGCCUGGAUGCGAUUCGACAGUGAGGGGCGACUGCGAGCCAUCAACCCAGAGAACGGCUUCUUUGGCGUAGCGCCGGGCACCUCCGUGAAUACCAACCCCAACGCCAUGGAGACCAUCUCCAGGAACACGGUGUUCACCAACGUGGGCGCCACCAGUGACGGCGGGGUUUACUGGGAGGGCAUUGACCAGCCCCUACCCCCCGGGGUCAGUGUCACCUCCUGGACUGGGAAGCCCUGGAUACCAGGUGACGCAGAACCCUGUGCCCACCCCAACUCGCGGUUCUGCGCCCCGGCCAGCCAGUGCCCCAUCAUGGACGAGAACUGGGAGUCACCCGAGGGAGUACCCAUCGAUGCCAUCGUCUUCGGGGGCAGGAGGCCUGAAGGCGUCCCCCUGGUCUAUGAGGCCUUCAACUGGCGUCAUGGGGUGUUUAUCGGGUCUGCCAUGAGGUCAGAGGCAACAGCAGCAGCUGAACACAAAGGUAACCAGUGCCUUCUCACUGUGGGCCUCUCUGG